AUGGCACGACGACCACGCGCAGUUCGCAGUGGCCUCCUCGUCCUCACCCUGCUCUUGAUGCUGCAGCUCACUGCGGCCUCGAACAGUAACAGCACAGAGGAGGCCGGCGCUCUACUCAGUGACACGAUUGCGCCACCAACGCCGACAUCGACGAGUGCGCCAGCGAUCCAGCGUGUGAUAGUAGCCGAGGCUAGCCCUAGCGGGCCAUGGAGCCUCACCAACAUCUUGACGCUCUCGAUUGGCUGCGUCGUGCUCAUUGCGAUUCUUGCAGUCGUCGCCGUCCGGGCAAGGAAGAAGGGAACGCGCACCGAGAAGAUCGAAGCCGGGCCAUACAGCUCGACGUAUGUGGGCGACGGGUCGCUCUACAUCCUUGAAGACCUCUCGCCGUGCCCUGUCAUUAGCUUGCGCCCGAGCGCCGCGCAAGAUCUGUACCAGCCGCCGAGCCUCCACGCGAAGCGAGGUCCGCUCCCGACGGUGUCGCCGUUUCUGAGUACGCAGCGCAUGUACAACCCCGUGUCGCUCCAAGGUACCGUGUCAUCGAACGCUGCGCCGGCACCGUACGUCAUCGAGACUCCGGUGCAGAACCCAAGCCUCUCGGAGAGCAUUGCGUCGUAUCUGGACAGCCCGUUCCGGUUCCCAUCCGAGUGCGAGAGCGAGACCACGCCCCGUGAGAGCGACGAGUCCCUCGAGAACUACGACUCAUCAUUUGGCCCGAAUGAUACUAGUACUAGCUUCACCAGCGUUAAUCGCUAUCGCCUGUAAACUCGCCACGUCAUUAAUGUAAGCC